GUUACAGCGCCUGGGUUGCUGCUCCGCAGGCUGCUGGUGUUGGGACUCUGCGUCAGUCGGUGGUUUGAUUUACGCUGUUGCACUAGAAGAGGAGCUGGAGUGUUAUUUUGGGACGGCUCCUGGUCUGUGUUUUCUUUUGAGCUAGACGUUGCAACUGCCUCUCAGGAACGGGAGGGCGGCCGGGUCCUAUUGCUCGCUAGAUGCUCGGGGCCCGGAACUGUGGGGCGGGCCGAGGCUGCAGCUCACGCUGAAAGCUGCCCAGCGCCGCUGAGCCGCCCGUGGGGUGCUGAUGGCCGGAAGCGUUCUGGGAAAAGCUUUAGCCACCGUGUCUUUCUCUGUGGCCUUGGCUUCCGUGAGUGUCAUGUCCCUGGGCUGCCGCAGCAUCCCAGCAUACAGAAACUCAUUGUCAUCCUGUUGGUUUCAUCUUAAUCCCAUCAUCAUGUCAGGUUCUAAUGGCGCCAAACAGGAUUCCCACAACAAGGCUCGGACGUCUCCUUACCCAGGUUCAAAAGUUGAACGAAGCCAGGUUCCUAAUGAGAAAGUGGGCUGGCUUGUUGAGUGGCAAGAGUAUAACCCUGUGGAAUACACUGCAGUCUCUGUCUUGGCUGGACCCAAAUGGGCAGAUCCUCAGAUCAGUGAAAGUAACUUUUCUCCCAAGUUUAAUGAAAAGGAUGGACAUGUUGAGAGAAAGAGCCAGAAUGGUCUGUAUGAGAUUGAAAAUGGAAGACCUAGGUGGAAAAGGGAUAGUAGUGGAAAUAAAAUCACCCACCCUGUUUCUGGAAAAAACAUCUUACAGUUUGUUGCAAUACAAAGGAAAGACUGUGGAGAAUGGGCAAUCCCUGGGGGCAUGGUGGAUCCAGGAGAGAAGAUUAGUGCCACACUGAAAAGAGAAUUUGGUGAGGAAGCUCUCAAUUUGUUACAGAAAUCCAGUGCUGAAAAGAGAGAAAUAGAGGAACAGUUGCAGAAACUCUUUAGCCAAGAACAUCUAGUGAUAUAUAAGGGAUAUGUUGAUGAUCCUCGAAACACUGAUAACGCAUGGAUGGAGACAGAAGCUGUAAACUACCAUGACGAAACAGGCGAGAUAAUGGACAGUCUUACUCUAGAAGCUGGAGAUGAUGCUGGAAGAGUGAAAUGGGUGGACAUCAGUGAUAAACUCAAGCUUUAUGCCAGUCACUCUCAGUUCAUCAAACUUGUUGCAGAGAAACGAGAAGCGCACUGGAGUGAGGACUCUGACCCUGGCUGUCCUGGAUUAUAGCUUGAAGUCUCCAUGUAAGCUAAAGGCCAACAAAGGAGCAUGUACUGAAAAGAAGGAAAUAUUACAGAACUUAUGCUAUAAAAAGGCCAGGGUAGGUAACUUGGGAAUUAUUUAUUUUCAAAACAAUUUGCAUUUAGAAUGUUUUGCAUCAGAGUAAUAUUAGUAAAUAUGGUAAAAUAGAACACAGAAUUUUCAGCUUUCUAUUCAAAAGAAUAUGAAUAGUCAUGUUUUAUGUAUUCUAUUUAAGCAUGGCUUAAACCAAAUUUAAACAACUGAUGCACUCUGAAGAAUUGUAAUAAGAAUAAAGAGAAAUUUCUGAUUAUAUAGCUCUAUUUUUCAUUUAUUUCUUGUUUGUUAAUUCUUGUUUUUUCCUCACUGAUCUUUUGAGAUCUGAAGGAUAUUCCUGCCACAUCAAGUACUUUCGAAGGAGCAACACCAUUGGAUAUACAGUUUACUGUAUAAUCUGAUUUAUCUUCAAAUUAAUUUGCUUUAAAUUUUGCUUAUAUAAUCUUGUUGCAGCUGCUCUCAAAAAAUGGCAACUUUCUGUGUAUUUUGUAACUUCAGAGUCAUGAGUUUAAUGAAGAAAUAUCAGCACUCUUUUAGUCGAUCAAGAUCAGUGAACCAGAGGUGGUUGUCUCAUUUUCAAAAAUUUUAAAUUAAAAAAUAUGCCUAGGAAAUUAGUAAUUUAGAUAAUAUGCUUAUUUUACUCUAUUGUAACUGUGUAUGUUGGGAAUGAAUGAAAAACAGAUGGAAUUGACAGUAGGCAGAGACAGGGAGAUUUUUGGGAGUUAAAGUGGUUUUUGUUGGGAAGGGAACAUAAGAUUGAAAUAAGAUUUUGAGAGAUGGUCUGUAAGUAUUAUAAAUAUCAGACAAAAGGAGAGGGUUAGAACCAGGGACUCUUGGAAGCAGAGAAGAAGAAAAAAACAACACUGUCUUGGCACCACCAUUUAUGACAUUAUGUUUGUGGGCAUGUGUAUCACAUUCUGGCUAAGGAUGUCAAUCAGUGAUAUCCAUUAGGAAAGUCCCUUGAUACUAACUCCUGUCAACCCAAAGUAGGGACCAUAAUUCCACCUUCAUUCCACCUAGACUGCAGAUGGAGCAUCUGGAGAAGAGGUGGCUUAGGUGAUAGUGAUAAGGUUGUUGUCUUCAGAUGUUUGAAAAAGGUGUUAGCUAGAGCACAGAACUAGGGCUAAGGUAAAUCAAAACUUUUUUGUUUUUGUCAGGUUGGUGUCAAAACUCCUCUGGUGGUAAAACCUGAGCUGAACUGACGAGGCUUUAUUCCCCUUAGAUUGACUAUAUGUUUUGUUGCAGAAACAUUAAGUUGUUUGAUUUUAGGACACUUCUUCAACCCCUCUAGAAGAGUAGGUGUACUGUGCAAAUUUUCUAAAAUCCAUAAAAUCCUGGUCUUUAGAGUAUGUAAUAAGGUCUUAAGGACUUGUACUUGACAAGGAUGACCUCUGAUUAGGUGAGAGACCUUGGUCCAGCAUGAAAGAGUCUGAUUUGCCUGUUUGGCAGGAAGAAAUUCUUCCUGGCACUGAAUAGAGUCUGUUUAAAAUUGAAACCACUUAAAACUCUUAAGAAAGUUUGAGCAAUUCUCUGAAGAAUGACAUUUACUUAUUUUUAAUACUUUUCAUACAUUUAAACUGACAUUAGUAAAAACAUGUUAUAUUAAAUUUAUUUAAAAAUGACUAAAGCACAUGGUCUGUAGAUAAUAUAGGUAUGAUAUUUUUAAUAGUAUUUUGGAGUUUUCACUGGAAUAUUUACAAAGUGCAAAAUGAUAGUUACUAUAAACUAUAGAUAAGAUAGAAGUAGAAAAUCUUCUGAUAACUGUAAACAUCCAGCACCAUCUAUAGUAGAGAAAAACCAGAUUAAAAUGUUAGUUUAAGACAUUUCUGGAGUACUGUCCACUCCUGUAUCACUAGAAAAUAAUAUCUUCAUAUUUACUUUCCCUAUGUUUAAGUAAUACAUUUUUACUCUGGAGAUAUUUAGUAAAAUAAAUAGUGAUAAUAGAUACCAUUUAUUAUCUACAUUAUAUCACUUAAUCCUUCUACAAUCUUGUGAAGUUAGGUGUUACUAUUCUCAUUUUACAGAUGAAGAAAUUAAAAUCACAAAGUUUGCCCAUAGUUUAUUCAAGAUAGGAUGGAGCUGCAAUUUGAAUCCCCAUUUGCCUGGUUACAAAACCUAUUAGUUGUCUGUAGUAUUCCCUACUAAGAUUAUGAAUCUUUUGUGAUUUGUAUUGUAAGUACAGGCAUCCCUCGUUUUACUGUGCUUCGCUUUAUUGCACUUCUCAGAUACGUGUUCUUUACAAAUUAAAAGUUGUGGCAACCCUGCCUUGAACAAGUCUGUUCGUGCUGUUUUUCCAGUAGGAUGUGCUUACUUCAUUUGUCUGUCACAUGUUGGUAAUUCUUGCAAUAUUUGAAACCUUUUCAUUAUUAUUAUGUCUCUUAUGGUGAUCUGUGAUCAGUGACCUUUGAUAUUACUAUGUAAUUGUUUAAGGGCGCCACAAACCAUGCCCAUAUAAAAUGGCAGUCUUAACUGAUACCUGUUGUGUGUGUUCUGAUUGCUCCACCGACUGGCUGUUCGCUUGUCUGUCUCCCUUUCCCUAUUCCCUGAGACAUGACAAUAGUGAAAUUAGGCCAGUUAAUAACCCUACAAUGGCCUGUAAGUGUUCAAGUGAAAGGAGGAGUUGUAUGUCUCUCACUUUAAAUCACAAGCUAGAAAUGAUUAAGCUUACUGAGGAAGGCGUGUCGAAAACUGAGAUAGGCCAAAAGCUAGGCCUCUUGUGCUGAGCAGCCAAAUUGUGAAUGCAGAAAAAAAGUUCUUGAAGGAAAUGAAGUGUUACUCCAGCGAACACAUGAAUGAUAAGAAAAUAAAACAGCCUUAUUGCCAGUACGGAUAGAAGAUCGAACCAGCCACAACAUUCCCUUAAACCAAAACCUAAUCCAGAGCGAGGCCGUAACUCUGUUCAAUUCUGUGAAGGCUGAGAGAGGUGAGGAAGCUGAAGAAGAAAAGUUUGAAGCUGGCAGAGGUUGCAUAAUGAGGUUUAAGGAGAGAAGCCAUUUCCAUAACAUAAAAGUGCAAAGUGAAGCAGCAAGUGCUGAUGUAGAAGCUGCAGCAGGUUAUCCAGAAGAUCUAGCUAAGAUAAUUGAUAAAGGUGGCUAUGCUAAACAACAGGUUUUCAAUGUAGACAAAACAGCCUUAUAUUAGAAGAAGAUGCCAUCGUGGACUCUUGUAGCUAGAGAGGAGAAGUCAAUGCCUGGCUUCAAAGUUUCAGAGGAGGGGCUGAUUUUCUUGUUACGGGCUAAUGCAGCUGGUGACUUAAGUUGAAGCCAUUGCACGUUUAUCAUUCUGAAAAUCCUAGGGCCCUUAAGAAUGCUAAAUCUCUUCUGCCUGUGCUGUAUAAAUGGAACAGCAAAACCGGGAUGACGGCACAUCUGUUUACAACACGGUUUACUGAAUAUUUUAAGCCCACUGUUGAGACUUAACCACUCAGAAAAGAAGAUUCCUUUCAAAAUAUUACUACUCAUU